ACAGUUCUUUCGUCCAAGGGCAGAGCAUUGCACACAGCUACCCUAAAGCAGAGAGCCAAGCAGAUCAGCCUAGGUUAUAGAGCAAGGACUCUUCUGAAAGAAUAUUCAGAUCGGUGGGUCUGGUACCACUACAGGAGGAGGGGAAAGGAGGGGAAAGGGCUGGAGGUGCAACCGACUGAGGAGAGACGGGGUCUGCAGGUCACACAACAGCUCAUCCACACAACCCAAGAAGCAGGGAUAUCGAGAGAAAAGGAAGAGAGACUUCACUGGCAGAACAGCAAGCCAGGGGAGAAAGGAGGAGAGGCAGACCUGCACCAUGAGUGGCAUCAAAUAUGAGAGGAUGAACGAAUAUGCUCUGGACAUGGACAAUCCACCACCCUACUCUGAAAAGAAUGAGGAGCCUGGUCCUUCUCCUUGGAUGGCACCCACCACGGGCAGCAGAGAAACUCCCGCUGUGCCACACCAGUACACCCCUUACUAUGGUCCAGCCAGCACAGCACAAACUACGCAAACCAUCGUCAUCAGUUCCAUGCAGGCCAGCCGUGAACCAGACUACCUGGCGUAUUCCAUCUUCACCAUGCUCUGCUGUUGCCUCCCCUUGGGUGUUGCUGCCCUUGCGUACUCGAUACAGACCCAAAAUGCCAACAAUAAUGGAAACCACAUAAGCGCUCGACGAAACUCCAGGCUGGCACUCAUAUUGGCUCACACGGCACUCGGAGUGGGUCUUGGGUGCCUGAUUAUAUACAUCAUCUUCUGGAUGAAUAUUUCUCACCAGAUAAUUGAAGUGCCAACCAUCAGCCCCUGAGGAUGCACAAUGUUCAUAUGCUAAAAGACCUUCCCUGCCCAAGAUGCCCAAGUCUGAGAAGUCCUCCUAAAUUGACGUCGUGCUCUUUGAAUCGUUCUGUAAAGCGGCACGCUCUGAGCUGGCUCGGACGCAUGUGCAUCAUGUCGCUUCUAUGCCCUUGUUCCAACUAGGGAUAGAUUUACAAUAUCAAGCGAUGAACAUCAUGUGUGAGCCAACUCUGUGAUACCCAAAGAUCUCAAACUCCUUCCAGGAGUAUCUCUCCCCUUUCUCAUUCUCCCACCCAGAGUUAUUUCGAGAGUCCUCUGGUCUUGCCCUGUUCCUCUUGACUGCUGACCAUUCUCCCAACAUUUCACAGAUAAUAAUUGGGACAUGCAUAUAACACAACUGUUGUCAGAGGUCAAAUUUCAACCCAAGCCCUGUCCUUGACACCCACCCCAUUCCUCAUUGUCCUACUUCUUUGGUCUUGUUUAUCCUGCGAGAACUUAUCCCAUGUGUUUUUAAUGCAAAGAAGGCAUUUGUGAGAUGCUUAGAGAGCCAUCUGAGGCAAAAUAAAUAAAAUAUACAC